UACGGCAGUUCAUUCACGCAGUUGUUUACAUAUUACAGCUGACUCUUUGCUGUCAUGUGCCGCAGUAAACUAGUUUGUUUUGAUCUAUCUCAAAUUAUUAUGUUUGCUCCAGUGCGGUGCUGUAGAAAAUGGCUUGUUAAAUAGAGUCAUGUAGCCUACAAAAAAUAUUUUCAGUUAUCGUGAUUUUGUAGCUGAUCACUGCUGACAACCGAAUGGAAGGAUGGCUACUUUGUUAGAGCAGUUGGAUCAGGUAAGAUGUCAGGCCGAGGCCUGCUUGUAUACUACCGGUUCGGUUCUGGAGGUGCGAGCCGGUGUGUCUGCCAUGGCCAACGUCCCCUUACCGCCGUCAGUCAAAUACCGUUACAUAGCUGCUGAGGCCAUGAUCAUAGAGAACACCGUUGGUCUCCAAAGGAAAGAGGUCAUCGGCACUCUCCAAAGAUUGUCCACAGCCCUGAAUAUCCUGGAGAAAUAUGGCUGUAACCUGACCUGCCCCAGUAGGCCCAAGUACUGGCGCACGGUCAAACACAACAACCCAGUGUUCAGGGCAACCGUGGACUCCAUCCAGGGAGGACGGGCGGUUCUCAGUCUCUAUGGUUACUCCAAUCAACAACCUGACGGACUGAGUUUCCCUGACGACGUGAUGGAGCCUGAUGUUGGGAAAGUUGCCGCGGUAACGUUGGAGGUCAUGAGCCUUAGGAUGGAGCUGGACAUGCUGAUCAAGGAGGCUCAUCCUCACACAGAGUUCUUUGAGAGAAUUGUCCCUUCGCUCGGCCAACAGGGGGAAGUGGGAGGAUCCUCAGACGUCACGGCCAAUCAGAACCAGAGCCAGCCCAGGUCCCUCCCCCCAGCCCAGCCCCCCAGAUCCAUCCAGGCCUUCUGUCCUGGACGCACAGCCAACGCCUCCACCUCCACCUGCACCAUCCCUGCCACCAAACACAUCGUUAGUUGUACCAUCUGUGGUAUAUUUCCUGUCGCUGCCCACUGUCCCACUUGUGUCCAAUCACUGUGCACGGAAUGUGACCGGCUGUAUCACUCGUACCCAGAACGAGCCAAUCAUCACAGGACUACUGUCAUUACCUCCAAAAGCAGGAAGCUUCACAGUAGUUCUCAGUCUUCGUGGCGCUGUGUCCACUGCACCACCAUCAACUCCCUUCAGGACGUGCUGUGUGAGGCAUGUGGGCGCCCCCGUCUGGCCUGCACUGGACCUGCAGCCUCUGAAGAUGCCACCCAGCCUCCCAACAUCACUGAGUGGCAGUGUAAGAGCUGCACGGUGGUGAACGCAGGAAGCAGUAUUCUGUGUGAGGUGUGUGAGCGCCCCCGUCUGGCCACGCGCCCACCGGUCACGCCUACCCACCCUCCCAACACUCCACCUCGACCCCCUGCGCCCGUACUGGGCAUGCCCGGGGACCCUGACAGCCAGUGGGUGUGUCAGUUCUGUACCUACGUCAACUACACCCCUGCAACUGUCUGCGAGAUGUGCGACCUGGCUCGUCCUGAGCCCGCCCCAAUGCCUGCCAAGCUCCGCCCUCCCUCACCAGUGCGGCGAGUGCCUGCCCUGCCAGUCAAGCCCAAAGCCCCGCCCCCAGAGGAUCCUGAUUUGAGGAGGCAGAGGCUGAUGCGGGAGGAGGGGCUGAAGAUGAUUCAGCUGAUCAGGCCGGUCAUAUCACAUGACUUGUGUCCUUUGAUAAUGGUGUUUGUUCCUCAUUUCCUGUCGUCCCUCAUCCCCGGUCUGGUGUCCUCAGCCUGUCCUAACUGCAGGUUCCAGUAUGCCCUGUCUAAAGGCGGCUGCAUGCACUUCAGCUGCUCCCAGUGCAGGUACCAGUUCUGCAGCGGCUGUAACAACCCCUUUCACACCACGUGUGCGGUGAACCAGUGUAGUGUGACAGGCCUGCAUGCCCAUCACCCCAGAGACUGCCUCUUCUACCUCCGAGACUGGGAGCCUAGCAGGCUGCAGGCCCUGCUGCUGAACAAGGGGGUGGAGUUUAACACCGACACUCCCCCAGGAACGCAGUCAGGGCUGUGUGGAGUGGUAGAACAGAAGGAUGAGGGAGGUCAGCAGAGCGACUCAGCUUGCGGGGCAGAGACCCUGCCAGGACAGGCUGGACUCUGCGAGAAACACUACCGGGAGUACCUGGUGAACCUAAUUAACGGCCACUCCAUUGACCCCGCCUCCCUCUUCAACGCUAACGAGUUGGUACUGGCCUGCAGGAGAUACCAAGUGGACGACACGCGAGGGGAGGCGGAGGAAGACCUGACGUACUACAGCAGACUUCUGGAGAAGCUGGUUGUCGAGGUGCCGCUCGGCGACAAGGUUCCUCGCAAGAAAUGAGAAGGCUUGUUUCGCUGGGGCUCUCUGCCCCAGCUGUGUAUUAUGGUCUGUCCCAUCUUGAUGUCGACUGUAGAUUCUCUCGAGCAUCCGACGAGUUGUCAUGGUGACUGUAUGUCGUGCUAUGGUUGUGCCACAAAUACUUUGAAUCAUUGCUUAAGGUAGCUGAACCCCUGGCAUGUAUUAUGUUGAACGAGUGUGUGUGUGUGUGUGACAGGUUAACUACUUAAGAAGCAGCACUUCAUCACAAUGUAGGUGCAUGCUCUUCUCCCGCACUAUUAUCCAGCUCAGAUCUUACCACACAAGGUCAUUCAUGCUCAGAUCUUACCACACAAGGUCAUUCAUGCUCAGAUCUUACCACACAAGGUCAUUCAUGCUCAGAUCUUACCACACAAGGUCAUUCAUGCUCAGAUCUUACCACACAAGGUCAUUCAUGUUCAGAUCUUACCACACAAGGUCAUUCAUGUUCAGAUCUUACCACACAAGGUCAUUCAUGCUCAGAUCUUACCACACAAGGUCAUUCAUGCUCAGAUCUUACCACACAAGGUCAUUCAUGCUCAGAUCUUACCACACAAGGUCAUUCAUGCUCAGAUCUUACCACACAAGGUCAUUCAUGCUCAGAUCUUACCACACAAGGUCAUUCAUGCUCAGAUCUUACCACACAAGGUCAUUCAUGCUCAGAUCUUACCACACAAGGUCAUUCAUGCUCAGAUCUUACCACACAAGGUCAUUCAUGCUCAGAUCUUACCACACAAGGUCAUUCAUGCUCAGAUCUUACCACACAAGGUCAUUCAUGCUCAGAUCUUACCACACAAGGUCAUUCAUGCUCAGAUCUUACCACACAAGGUCAUUCAUGCUCAGAUCUUACCACACAAGGUCAUUCAUGUUCAGCAGAAGCACACCCCAGGUUCAGCAGAGAUUGCUCUCCAGGAAGAGAUACCGUGUUCAUCUGUACUCAAAGCCAUACUGUGCAUAUCUAUCAAAGGCCCUGAAUGAGCUGCCAUAUGCAUUGUGCUCCUCUCAGUGUGAAGAUGUUGAGAGUUUUGGGCAGAUGUGUUCAAGUCGAAGGGGCGAUGACAGGGUCUGAGGAAGUCUAUUCUCUCCCUGGAUCCCAACCACAGUUUCAGAGCUGAUCUUUUGGAAACUUGUCGUGUUUGAUGCUGGUUUAUCAGACCAGCCCUCUCCAGCACCGAACAUGCUGGGAUCAGACCAGCCCUCUCCAGCUCAGUCAGUCUGUCUGUUGGAUCCUGGAGCUGAGAGACAUUGUGAAGUCAGCGAGGACGGCUUCCUUCUCCCUCUCUCUGAACAUGAACCCUCCAGUUUGGCUUGUUUGGGACUCAUUUCACUCCUCUGAUCAAAGCUAAUUAUGAAACAACAGUAAAUAUCUCCAUACAUGUUUGUUUAUAUCUCCUGUGCAUCUAGGAAUACACCACAAAAGGAUUUUAUGGAAUGUACAUGAUAUGUGAAUAUUGCUUUCGUUGGAUCUCAGUGACACUAAAACAGUAAAGAAUGUGAAAUACACAUUGUUGUUCACCGGCCAAGGCUUUGGGGUUCAUAUUCUGUUCAUCUCUUAGGAUAUCAGUUCUCCUUCAGUACAAAUGCUGCAUCAUGAUUAAACCGAGCUGAACCACAGUAAACCAACAACGUUGGACAAUAAGGAAGAUUCUCGCUGCGUCGACUGAGCCCUCGUCAUAUAGAAUACCUGAAGCUUCGUGUCGUGCUAGACUGGCAUUAUGUCAGCGGGCUGAUAAUCUGAAAUACGUUUUUUUUUGUGUCGGGCUGAAUGAUUUGCAAUUUAAAUUUUUUUGCCCUGUCUCAAUUGACAGUCUGAACUCAUCCCCGAGCGUCCCUGCACACCGUGUGAGGUAAAAAGGAGGUGAAGCGCUGAGUUUACCAAUUAGACCUGGAGCUAGGACCCGCUCCAAAACAGGAUUAUAAAACCAGUGCAGAAAGGUGGAAGUUCUCGACUGUUCUGUGGUCGACACUGUCAUCCUGUCGUUAACACAGCCCGUCCUCACUUUGAAAAGGCAGGGAGUGCCUGACUUGUGUACGCCGAGUGCAUGUGAAGGGCGGGCCGGAAUAUCGUUUUGCAUUGCAACCAGGCUGCAGCUGUCUAGGGAAGAUAGUGCUGGUAAAAAUUGGCAUGGGUGAUGUGAAUGUUCUGGAGUUGGAAAAGCAAUCAGGAAGUGUUGUUCACCUUGGCUCUGGUGUCAGAGCAAAUAUAUAUACACAUGCAUUCUUCUUUCUUUUUUUUUUUACACAGGGGAAAAUUAAUUUCCACCCAUUUUGUGAGUAUUUGCUUCAUAGUAAAGCAAGUUAGGUAGAGAGAGAAGUGUGUGGGUGAGUCAGUGGACAUCAGGAGUAGAAUAAUGUGGAUAAGAAUAAGACUAGAAGUAGAAGAUAAAGAGUGAGGGGAG